CCCGCGAGCCAACAGUCAAGCAGCCGCUGGAUCCGCCCCCGCCCGCCCGGAACCGAAUCGGGGAGAGGAGAUCGAAGCUCGAGGAGGCCAUGGUGAAGGAGACGGGCUACUACGACGUGCUCGGGGUGGACCCGACCGCCUCCGAGUCCGAGAUCAAGAAGGCCUAUUACAUCAAGGCGAGGCAGGUCCAUCCGGACAAGAACCCGAAUGACCCGCAGGCCGCGGGGAAGUUCCAGGAACUAGGGGAGGCAUACCAAGUACUUAGUGACCCCGCGCAGCGCCAAACUUAUAAUGCCCAUGGGAAAUCUGGCAUCUCAACGGAAGGAAUAAUUGAUCCAGCAGCAAUUUUUGCGAUGCUAUUCGGUAGUGAGCUUUUUGAGGAUUAUAUUGGUCAAUUGGCAAUGGCAUCAAUGGCUUCACUUGAUAAUUUUGGGGAUGAUGAAAAUAUCGACACAAAAAAGUUGGCAGAAAAAAUGCAGGAUGUCCAAAAGGAAAGAGAAGAAAAACUUGCAGAGAUACUUAAAAACCGGCUGCACCUUUAUGUUCAAGGAAAUAAAGAGGAAUUUGUUCGGCUUGCUGAGGCCGAGGUGUCCAGACUUAGUGACGCAGCAUAUGGGCUUGUUAUGUUGAACACUAUUGGCUAUGUAUAUUCGAGACAAGCUGCAAAAGAACUUGGAAAGAAAGCAAUAUAUCUGGGGGUUCCUUUUGUAGCUGAAUGGUUCAGAGACAAAGGCCAUUUUAUCAAAUCCCAAGUAACAGCUGCAGCAGGUGCAAUAGCUCUUAUGCAGCUGCAAGAAGACUUGAAGAAGCAGCUGGGUGCUGAGGGCCAUACCACAGAGGAAGAACUUGAAAUGUACAUGGAGAACCACAAAAAAGUUAUGGUUGAUUCCUUGUGGAAGCUUAAUGUUGCUGACAUAGAAGCCACUAUAUCACAUGUCUGCCAGAUGGUGCUUCAAGAUCCUAAUGCCAGGAAGGAAGACCUGCGUCUUCGUGCCAAAGGACUGAAAACUUUAGGGAAAAUUUUCCAGGGGGUUAAGGUCAAUACUGUUGAGGGUGAAACGUCUCAAAUGAAGAAUAUAGAUAACAUGAAUGACAAUGCCGGUGGCUCCCCUGAUUCGUCACCAAAACAGGAGUCUGUAUUUAAUCCUGUCCCUAACCCUCCUCUUACUCAGAGUCCAUAUGUGGAGGCUCCCCAGUUCGGCGGAACCUACUGUUCGUUCAACUUCCCGAUGCCGACGGCUCCACCUGGAGCGCAGAGGGAUCCGAUGCCUUGAUAGUUGACACCAGAUUUCUUGUGCUGCCAAUUAUUUCUGUGUAAUAUUGCUCGUGCAUGGUGCGUCAUUUGUGCCUGUUGUAGUAGAGUAAACGGGGGAGUCGGUCAGAUAAACGGUUGUGUAGCAGCCGUGUAUUUGUUUGUGUACAGUUUUGUUGACGCUGCUGUUUACAGCAGCAGUAGGUCACAAUUGUUGUACAUGAUUUGGUGUUGUUUUUCCUGAGUUGAGGUAUCUUCGUAA